AUGCUGAACUGCUUUAAUCUUAUCAAUAACAGGUGGCAUGAGACUUUGAUAAACUCUAAGACCAAGACACCUACACAGAAGAAAGGGGCAAAGGACCUAGCAGCACUAACAGUGCCUGUAUUUAGUGGCGCUAAACAGGCUGGCAGCAGUACAUCUAAACCCAGUGCUGGCUGUGGAAGGAGCAACAGCCUCAGCAGGAGAGGUAGUGACUCGACUGCGAGUGGCAGUAAAGUUGGUAGCAGCUUGAAAAGAGGCAGCCUCGGCCACCAAGGGGGCGUUGGCCACAAGGGUACCAGACAAGCAUCUCACCCAGGAGGACCAGGUCUCCGCCUCUGCAGUAGCCGGAGCUUCUCGUCCCUCCACACCUCAUCUCUCACUGCUGCUCCAUUCAUGAGGAGCAGUCGUUCUCUCAGCAGGCUCGACCAAAGAUGCACUGGACAAGAUUCAGACCAUGCAGUUCCAAGCUCACAAAUUAAAAAAGGACAAACUUCAGACAAGAAAGUCCUGUCGUCCUCUGUGGAGCAAAUCAGGGAUGACAAAGAGCAGUUUCAUGGUGAUGAUGUGGGGAAAAUGAAAACAAGCAUCUCCUCUGAGCCACCGGAGUCUUCCUCCUCUCUGGUCUCCACCACUGCAUGUCAUCAUCAUGGCAACAAGCCUGAUCUACUCAACUUUAAGAAAGGAUGGAUGAUGCUGCAGGAUGCAUCUGGGCAGUGGCAGAAACACUGGUUUGUCCUGACUGACCAAAUGCUGAGGUUCUACAAAGAUUCAGUUGCUGAGGAGGCAGCUGAUGUGGACGGUGAGAUAAACUUGUCCGCAUGUUUUGACAUCACAGAGUACCCAGCUCAGAAGGACUGUGGUUUUCAAAUUCAUACCAGAGAUGGUGUGUACACGCUCUGUGCAAUGACUGCUGGGAUGAGACGCAACUGGGUCCAAGCAGUGUUGAAGAAUGUGAGGCCCAGUCUUACAUCUGAUGUCACAAGCUCCCUUUCAGAACAGAAAACUCAACAGAAAUCACAUCAACCAGAUUCAGAGUCAGCAGAGGUUGUGUGGAAAUCUGAACAACCGAGCAGUAGUUUGCAAGAGCACAAAACCAGUGACUGUGCAGAGGAUUCACAUCAACAGCAGAAAGAACAGGAGACCAAACUGCAGCCAGAAAAAGAGCACAUCUCUGCUGCUGGAAACUCUGCUCCGUCUCCCAUCAAUCCUCCGCAGCAGGUGGAGGAGGGUGACGGUGCUUCCUAUCAUCAGUGUCAGCUUCUUGUUGGAACCACACAAAACGAGGAAACACUGCCGUGUGAGCAGCAAACUGCACAGCUUGUCAAAGAGCUGGAACAAACACAGAAGGAACUGUCUCGACUCCAGCAGUUAAACAGGAAUCUGCAGGAAGACCUACAACGCGAGCAAGAGAUUCAUUCAGGAGUAAGGGUUCGUCCGCAGAAUGAUCUUAUUUCAAACUCCUCAGAACAUGCUCUGGCUUUAAAGCGACUACAGAAAAUAAACCACGACCUCCGCAUUGAGCUUGAGGCACAGAAGAGGAGUCAGGAGGAGGCCAAGGAAGCUGAACUACGCCGAAGAGUAGAUCUCCUAGCUCAACAAGCUCAGUUACUGGUCACAGGUGAUGCCACGGCACUUGCACAGGCUCAUCUCGAGCAAGAUCGACGGCGAUUUCACGAGCAGCAGAAGGAGUGGGAGCACUGUAUGUCCUUGCUGAAGUCCCAGCUGAGCACCAGUGAGGAGCAGAGGAGGGAGGGUGAGUCCCGCUUGACACAGCUGCAGCAGGAGUUGCAGAGCUAUCACAACCUCCAGCAGGAGGCUGGUUGCUUGCAGAAACAUCUCCACGAGUUGAAAACUCAGCUUUGUGCCAAAGAAGAAGCGCAGGCUCAAAAAGAGGCUCGACUGCAGAAGCACCUCAUGCUCCUUCAAGCAAGUCAGGACAGAGAACGGAGGAGCUUGGCUGCUAGUCUGGCACAGGCUGAGCAACACUCACAAGACCUCCAGGAAAGGCUGGACAGGGCUGAGCAGCAGGUGGAGAGCCUGACUAAGACUCAGACCUGGACCAGAGAAAUUGAGGAGGCUCAAGAGCAACUUCAAGAGGAGCUAGCAUGUACAGUUUCUGCUGUACAGAAACUUCAAGACGAAAGAGACCAGCUCGAACGUCGCUGUCAAGAGCUGCAGAACCAGUUAUCUGAGGCGGAUGGGGAGGUGAGCAGGCUGCAGAGCCGCUUGAAAACAGAUGAGACACACUACUACAAUCUUGAGCACUCGUAUGAGAGAGUUUGUGAGGAACUGCAGCUGGCCUUAGGGAAGGUGCAGCGAAGGGAGUCCGAAACACAAGACAUACGAGAAGGCUACGAGAGACUCCUCGAUAGGAAGGAGCAAGAGCUGAGUGAAGUUUUGUUGAAGAUGGAAGUCUUGGGUAAUAGCUUGGAGGAGACAGAAGUGAAGCUGAACGAAGUGUUGAAAGUUCGCAACUGUGCGUCUUCUCAGCUGUCGUCAGAGCCUGUUCAGCAUAAUGAGAGACAACAGCAGACAACUGAGCCUCUCGUUGUAAAUGACAGCAGGCCAAAGGCAACAGACAGUGACCAGCUGUUUAACAUCUCAAAUACCAUGGAUGUGGUUCAGGCAAACAUCAGCCAUUCUCAUGAGCAUGCAAGAAAUAGGUCUCGCUCGAUUGACCCGUCGUACCAGUACAUUGUCACUGCAGGAGAUGACCCAGAAAGGUUUAUGUCUGUGAUCCAGAUACUGGAAACUAAGCUUUAUGUGACAGAGGAGAAGCUUAGAGACAUCACGCAAAGACUGGAGGAACACCAGAGUCACAUCAGCUGCCAGGACCCCCACCUUUGCUCCCAGCUCACUCAGAGCCGAGCCACUGCCCAGCACCUCAGUCUGCUGCUUCACAGUCAGGCCAAGCAGAGCCAGCGCUUUGCCCAGGAGACAGAGAACCGCUGCAGGAUUUUGGUUGGCAGGUUUCAGGUUGCGCUGAACAUCAUACACACCUGCAGGGACAGACUUCAAGCCACUCAGAUUAAUAUUACAGACUUUGAGAAGCAACUUGCCACUGUUGCUGCCUGCCUUCAGCAAGGCCAGAAAGAUGCAGAGAAACAACAGCAUGAAUCACACCAUGCCGGCAAAGGAGAGGACAGAAUCCUCAAUGAUGAGACAUUAGCUGGGGCUGAUAGCAGCGAUAGUGCUAAAAGUAAACUCUUUGAUACAUUAGCCUCAGAGAAUGACAUGGCUAGUGUUAGGAAGUGUUUAAUAAGGGAAUUAUUUGUAGUAGAAAAAAUUAUAUCUGUCCUUCAGAGUCGACGUGACAUUAGCCAACUAUCCUUAGUACCAAGAGAAGAUGAGGGGGAUGUGGCACACAGGUACAAAAACAUAAUCUCCCAAAGAAUAGCCUUAAAAACAGAAAAAAGGACUCCGGGAAAAGCAGAAUGUGACAGCGAUGAACCUCUGGAAAGUGCCAUUGGUAGAGCCUGUGCUGAAGCUGAGCUCAUUUAUGCUGCCUUAAAAUUUCAGCAGCAGUAUGAGAGCCUGAUUCAAGUAGAUAAUCAAGAGUGUAAAAAGAAGAGUCUGGCUGAUAUCAAUCCCCCGGAGUUGGCUCCCUAUGAGGAGCAAGUGAAAGUAGAGGGCAGAGGUUUAGAGGAUGUUAAACAACCAGCUGAAAAAGACCAAACUGGAGAUAAAAAGGUGGAGGCUGAGAAAGAACCAGAGUGGUUAGAGAAACUUAUAUCCCGGCUGCAAAGAAGGGCGAAAUUCUUAAACCAUCUCUGCCAGGAGGUCUCUGAUGGACCAGUCAGUGAGUGUAGUAUGGACCAUAGUGGGGAAAAUGAUUCUGCAGCAGACAUAAAUUGGAUACAGGAGCAGGCAAAGUUGAUUUAUUUGUUAGACAGGCUGCACUUGGAUUUAGAACAGGAGUUACAGCAAAACAAGGUGUUACAGCAGAAACUGCAAGCUUUGUGCAAAGAGCAAGACACCACAUUAAUGGGUGAGCAGGAGGCUUUUAAUCACACCUUAUGUCAGCUUCAGGAGGACAACAGAGUGCUGAGAGAAGAACUAGAGCAUGCUGAGCAAAAGAUAAUAUCUGUAGAGACUGGGAACCAGAGACUCCUGGAAAACAUACAGAAAUUUGAGGAUUAUCAUGAGGAACGAAUGCAAAAACUAGAGACAAAAUUUCAAGAGAAGAUAAGGGAACUGCAGCAGAUCCAUGAAGAGGAGAUGAAGCACUUGCAUGGUUACUAUACCAAAGAGAAACAGACCAAAACCUGCAGAGAGGCACCUGCUUUCACUGAAAGUAACUCUUCCCCACCAGACCAGGCUGCUUACCAGAAAGACCUCGAAAAACCUGAGGAUCACGAUUUCACUGCUAUGGAGGAUAUGCACAGGAAGCUGAUAGGAGAUCUACAGCAGCAGCAUCAGACGGAGGUGGCAGCUCUUCGGAGGGAGAAAGACCAGCUGCUGCAGGAGGAGACGGCUGCUACCAUGGCAGCAAUUGUAGCAAUGAGGAGAGCCCAUAAACAGGAGCUUGAGAAAAACAGACAGUCUCAGCACAUCAGGGAGAGUGCUGACAUGACACAACUGCACACUGAAUAUGAGAGGGAGAUCCAGUUAUUGCACAAGGAGCUUGAGUUGUUGUCAGUUCAGCACACACAGAAAUGCCUGGAAAACUCUCAUCUGAGCCAAGAGCUGCAGGAUGAGAGAAAAUCCUUAAUGCAGUACCAAAAAGAAAGCCAGGAGCUCCAAAAGAAACAGGUAAGUUUCUUUUCACAUAGCUUUCUCAGACAGUGUAGCUGAACAUUGAACAUAUGCACAUCUCAUGUGUUGAUGUAAUUUAUCAUGCUACAGGUGAUUGUGCGGGUGAGGGAGGCAGAAAUGGAGUUUCUCAGACAGGAAGCUUCUUCACUCAGGGAAGAGUUGAAGAUUGCUCGACUGGACAAAAUAUAUGCCCAGAACAAGCUGAAGGCUCUCUACACCAACAGCCAUGAUGAACCCCAUCAUGAUGUCAACAAACUCAGUGAAGACUUCAAGUUCGCCACUUGGUCUCCAGGCAGAGAUGCUUCAGGACAGAGCCUCAAGGAAUCCAUGACAAACACUGGUAAUGCAGCUUUUCUGAAGAAAACAGAGAAAUCAUCCCUCACACGUCAGAUCAGAGGAAUGAGAUCAAAGAGUUUGAAAGACGGUCUUUCUAUUCAGGAGAGGAUGAAGCUGUUUGAUUCAUUCUGA